AUGGAGUCUAGACUCUAGACUCUAGUCCCUGUUUUGACAACUGACCAUCCGCACCCCACAUUCCGAAUAUCAAACUCUUGGCUCCUUGUGGAUCCCACAGCUUCAUGUAGAACUCAUCCACCUGUGCGAUCUCGAACAUCAGAUUCUCAUCCAACUGUCCUGCAUAUGGUAGAGUUUGAGGGUACUUUGGUAACUCACAUCCAGUGCCUCAAAACCAGGGACGGGUUUUCUUGCUUCUUUCCCGGGUAGUAUUCUGAAAAAUAUUAGGGGCGGGAGAGUGAAUGGUUUUGCUUUGCUUGGUUCGGUUUUUCCAAAUUAAAAGAUCAAAGAAGGGAAGGUUUGCCUUGCUUCUUGUUAAAUCCUAAAUCUUAAAUCCUAAUCAUCCCUUUUGCUGUCUGGUUUUCUUUUCAUGGCCCCUGGUUUUCCUCUCCAUCUCCACGUACCAUAUAAUCUACAUUCUCUGUUCACUUUUCACAAUCUAUUAAUCCUCAGCUACCUACCUCAACUGGUUUCAUGUACCUUGCUACGAUAUCCGACUCUACUGCUUCUUCAUCCGGUUAGAUCUGUCGGUUUUGGUAGCAGAAUUCGUCGUCUUUUGUUUUUUGGAUUCAAGGUCAGGUGGUGCGGAAGGAGAUUUUGAUCUCUUGAUCUGUGGAAAGUAGAGGAUUUAAUUUGGAAGUGGUUUUGUCGUUCCGGAUGACGAUGGAAGCUGGUUUGAUCGAGAAGAAGAAGAGAGGCAAGGUUGGCCGUGUUCGCAAAGCUAUCAAGAAGAAGAGAUGUAGAACUAAGAUUUGUCCAUCAGCACCAAUAGUGCUUCAGAAGCUCUUCGAUUCCUGCAGAGAAGUUUUCAAAGGACCUGGCACGGUUCCUCCUCCUCGAGAUGUGCAGAAUUUGCGUCAGAUUCUUGACUGUAUGAAGCCAGAAGAUGUUGGGUUAAGCAGAGAUCUCCUUUUCUUUAAGCCUGAGAGUGUUAUAAAAGGGACUCCCAGGGUGAAAUAUACAACCAUAUACAAGUGCACAAAUUUCUCGCUGUGUAUUUUCUUUCUUCCCCGUACUGCAGUCAUCCCACUCCAUAACCACCCAGGGAUGACUGUCUUUAGCAAGCUUCUCUUAGGAUCAAUGCAUAUCAAGGCAUAUGAUUGGGUUGAUCCUGUCAAGUUUGAGAGUUAUUCCAUGCCUUCUUCGAACAUGAGACUGGCGAGAAUGAAGGCGAACACACUGUUCACAGCCCCGUGCGAUACUUCUGUACUCUAUCCCACAUCUGGAGGAAAUAUUCAUUCCUUCAUGGCAGUUACACCUUGUGCAGUGCUCGAUGUGCUUGGACCUCCUUAUUCAAAUGAAGAUGGGCGAGACUGCACAUACUAUAAGGAUCUACCCUUCUCUGUUAGUCGGUCAGAUUGCAGUGUAGUGGAAUCCAAAGAGGGAGAAGGUUGUUUUGGAUGGUUGGAAGAGAUUGACAUGCCGAAGGAUUUAAUGAUGGAAGGAGUUGAAUACUUGGGCCCACAGAUCAUUGAUUUCUCAUCUGUGAGUGUGGAUGUUGAUGUUUAACCCCUAAGGGUGAACCUUCUUUUGCUAGUUGACCAUUCUAUAGUUUUGAUUUUAUUUAUUUAUUUAUAUGGUCGACCUACAGCCUUGGGACCCCAAGCAAGUUAAAUUUUUUUCCCCCUUCAAUUUGUAAUCUUUUAUACUCAUCACGAUAGUUCAUCUGUAUAGAUAGGGCUGUAAACGGAUUUAGUCUAUUUAUUUAAUCAAAAUAUCUGACGAAUAUGAAAAAUA